CGGGGCCGCGGCGACGCGCGUCUCCGGAACGCGCGGCGCAGGCGGCGCGGAUCGUCGGGAGCCGGUCCGCUGCCGGAACGGGGUCCCGGCUGUGGCUGUGCAGCGGUGCGCUCUCGGGGCGUCAGCCGAGAUGAACACGGUGCUGUCGCGGGCGAACUCGCUGUUCGCCUUCUCACUGAGCGUGAUGGCGGCGCUCACGUUCGGCUGCUUCAUUACCACCGCCUUCAAAGACAGGAGCGUCCCGGUGCGGCUGCACGUCUCGCGGAUCAUGCUAAAAAAUGUAGAAGACUUCACUGGACCUAGAGAAAGAAGUGAUCUGGGAUUCAUUACGUUUGAUAUAACUGCUGAUCUAGAAAAUAUAUUUGAUUGGAAUGUUAAGCAGUUGUUUCUUUACUUAUCAGCUGAAUAUUCAACAAAAAAUAAUGCUCUGAACCAGGUUGUCCUUUGGGACAAGAUUGUUCUGAGAGGUGAUAAUCCGAAGCUGCUGUUAAAAGAUAUGAAAACAAAGUAUUUUUUCUUUGACGACGGAAAUGGUCUCAAGGGAAAUAGGAAUGUCACUUUAACCCUGUCCUGGAAUGUCGUACCAAAUGCUGGAAUUCUACCUCUCGUGACAGGAUCAGGACACGUAUCCGUCCCAUUUCCAGAUACAUAUGAAAUAACGAAGAGUUAUUAAAUUAUUCUGAAUUUGAAACAACAUAUUUUUAUACCUAAUGAAUUGUAUCUUGUUUCUCUCUUCCUUGCAUCUUCAUUUGUUGUGGGUUAAUUUUUUUUUUUGGUAUAAGAAUGAACAUCAGAAGGCAUAUUUGAAGGGAAAGACUAAUGUACUACCUGAUUUUCCAAAUAAAAACAAACAAAGGCCACCAGAGUGGAGUAUUGUAAGAGUAAGACAGCCGCAUCAGAAGAUUCUGUGAAGUACUUGUAUUUGAAGUCGUUGCUGUAUUUCCAUUAUUCUGGAUGGAAUAUGAGUGAUCAUGAAGGAUAGUCAAUGCUUUCAGGUGCCUGUGGAGUUGGGAGAACUCUAUUUAAGCCUUGCAUUCAUGCAGGCUCACAUUGGAUGUGAUUUAGAAGCAGAUAUUUUCUUUUAUCUCUUUUAGGGUAUGUUUCAAUACUGGAAAAAUUAAUACACUUAGUAGUGAGAAGCCUGGUUUACAAAACAGCCAAACAUGAUGGAAUUUUAUUCCAUUUGUCUUAAGGAAUGCCAAAUGCUUGUUUUUCUGACAGGUGACUAGCAGCUUUCUCCACUAAAGACUAAAUACCUCUUUAAAUGCAGUAAAUCAUUCUCAAAUCAUUUUAAAGUCA